AUGUCUACCCAGCUCGACGCCGAUUCUAUCGCCCGCUUCUCCUUGCACGAUUCCAGUCACUUCAACAUUCAACAGUCUCAGACAAUCCAUCGACUAGUGCUCCUGCAGCACUGGAAAAUCCGUGCCGGCUCGAAGGUACUGGAACUAGGAUGUGGUCAGGGUGACUGUACGACUGUUCUUGCCUCUAUAGUGGGCGAGCAGGGAAGAGUCGUUGCAGUCGACCCAGCGGAUCUGGAUUAUGGUUCUCCUUACACCCUCGGGCAAGCACAAGACCACAUCUCGAAAAGCCCGCUAGGUGGACGGAUCACUUGGGUUCAACAACUACCUCUGGAUUACCUCUCGUUCUUGUCAUCCUCUGACCCCGCUUCUGACGGCAAAAGUUUUGAUGCAACAGUGCUCGCUCAUUGUUUAUGGUACUUCCCCUCACCUUCUCUUAUCCUCGACACUUUCCGUGCUCUCAAGCAGCACAGCAAGCGCCUCCUGCUCGCCGAGUGGUCGUUGAUAGCCACGCACCCCUCCGCUCAGCCACACGUCCUAGCUGCGCUUGCACAAGCAGCACUAGAGUGCCGCAAGCCUCAGAGCGAAUCAAAUGUUCGCACCGUGCUAGGACCAAAACGACUCACUGAGCUAGCUCUAGCUGCUGGAUGGCAACUUGAGAAUGAGACACGAGUGCAACCUUCGGAAGGGCUAUUAGAUGGAAAAUGGGAAGUAUCUGCUUGUCUUUCUACCUCUUUCGAGAAAGAAGUAGAGGACAAAGUAAGUAAUGAGAGAGAAAGAGGCGUGGUUCUUGCGUUGAGGGAUGCGUGUGAGGCGAGCUUGGAAGGUGUUCANGGGGGUCGCAAAGGAGUCAAGUCGAUGGAUGUUUGGGUUGCCAGUUUUGUCUAG